AUGUCCACUGCAUCACCUCAACCUCCCUUCAGCGUGCUCGGAGGCAGCUCCGCCUCUGGAGGGACGGCUGCAGCAGGCUUUCCACCCACCCUCUUCUCCUUUCCCCCAUUCUUCACUCUUCAACCCAAUCCGGCAACCCUCAAGACGCAGCUGACUGCUUGGUCUUCGCUCGUUCAAUCUUACUGCAAGUCGACGCGCACCUUCUAUCUCGACGCAGACGAUGCAGCAUCGCACGGCAGGCUGUGGAGCAAUCCGGCCAUUGGGCGAUCUUUAGAUGCGCAAGGGAGGGCAAGGGUGCUGCUCUUUCUCGUGGAGCAGGGUAGGGCUGUUUGGGAAGGGCAGGGUCAGGGUCAAGAGAAGGGGAAGACGCAGCAACAGGCGGCAAAGAGGGCAUUGAUUCUUUGGCGUAGGCCAGACGAGUGGGGCCGCCUCAUCCGAGACUGGAUUGUAGCUACAGGCCAGGACAAGAGCAUCAUGACCUUCUUUGAGCUCACCGAGGGAGACCUCGUCGAGGACCAGGAAUUCGCCAAUCUACCGCCGCAGCUGCUUCGCCUCGCACUCGAAACGCUCGUAGCAAAGGGCCAGGCGCAGAUUUUCUCUGGGUCCGAGAGAGGAGAAGGGAUGGAGGGUGUCAAGUUCUCGUGA